CUGCCAUCUGUCACCAACACAAUGUUAAAUGUUAAGGUUAUGAUAAACUUUAAAAUCUAAGAUAUGAAUAAACUAUUUAAAAUAUAAAUGAAACUAGUUAAAGGAAAUUUUAAAGUAAAUAAAAUUGUACAAAAAAAUGGAUAGCAAUUUUGCUUUACAUAACUUCAAAGACUUCUUGCUGCUGUAUAACACGAUGAGUGAAUUGUGCUUUAAAAGAUGCAUCGAUAAUGUUAAUUCAAUAAAACCCGACGAAGGAGAAAUAGCUUGUGUCGAAGACUGUGCCACGAAAUUUAUUAAAAUGAAUAAUAAGAUUAUGCAGAGUUUUAUUGUUGCUCAAACUGAAAUUACCAAUAAACAAAGAGCAGAAGCUGAGAAAAAACAAUUGCAAGAGCAACAAGCAGAAAAUAGUCAAGUGACAUAAGUGUAUUGUAGAUUAAAGAGUGGGGGUUAUCCGAAACUGUAGAAUUUGAUAACAAAUUGAAUUAUUAGUUAUUCCAGUUUAUUUAGCAUUGUACAAAUAUUUUUAAUUAAAAAUGGUUGUUGUUA